AUUCUUCUGUAUGAUAUGUCAAAUUUAAUUAUUUUAGAGAAAAAUCCAUACAAGCACCUACUAAGGACAAUCAAACUCGGAGAGAAGGAGCAUUGCUAUUAUGAUCUUGGCUGUCUUGGAGCAAAAUAUGAUAGAUUGCCAUUUUCCAUCAGAGUCCUCUUGGAGAGUGCUGUACGCAACUGUGAUGAGUUUCAAGUGACGAAGAAAGAUGUUGAAAAGAUUUUGGAUUGGGAAAAUAAUCAAAUGCUUCAGGAAGGAGUGGAAGUGGCUUUUAAACCAGCCAGAGUAUUACUACAGGACUUUACUGGAGUACCUGUAGUAGUAGAUUUUGCUGCAAUGAGAGAUGCUGUAAAAAAACUUGGUGGUGAUCCUGAUAAGAUCAAUCCAAUUUGUCCAUCAGAUCUUGUAAUUGAUCAUUCAGUACAGGCUGAUUUUACAAGAAGCACGGAUGCUUUGAAAAAGAACGAAGAUAUCGAAUUUGAAAGAAACAAGGAACGUUUUAUGUUUCUCAAAUGGGGCGCGAAGGCAUUCGAGAAUAUGUUAAUUGUACCCCCUGGCAGCGGAAUCGUGCAUCAAGUGAAUUUGGAGUAUCUGGCGAGAGUAGUAUUCGACAACAACAAACUCCUGUACCCCGAUAGUGUAGUGGGCACAGAUUCUCAUACCACUAUGAUCAAUGGUCUUGGUGUACUCGGAUGGGGAGUCGGUGGGAUUGAAGCAGAGGCUGUUAUGCUUGGUCAAGCAAUCUCUAUGAUAAUACCAAAAGUCGUGGGAUACAAACUGGAGGGCGUACUGAACCAAUUCGCUACAUCCACUGAUCUUGUUCUUACAAUUACAAAAAAUCUUCGGCAAAUCGGAGUGGUAGACAAAUUCGUCGAAUUCUUCGGACCUGGAGUCACGCAGUUGAGUAUUGCGGAUCGUGCUACGAUAUCCAACAUGUGUCCAGAGUAUGGCGCGACCGUGGGCUUCUUCCCAGUGGAUGAACAGAGUUUAGCGUAUUUAAAACAAACAAACCGAUCUAAGGAACACAUUGACAGAAUUGAGAAAUAUCUCAAGUCUGUGCGCAUGCUGAGGAAUUACGACGAUCCGAAUCAGGACCCAAUCUUCUCCGAAGUAGUCACUUUGGAUUUGAACACUGUCGUCUCGAGUGUAAGUGGACCCAAAAGACCCCACGACAGAGUGUCAGUAACUGACAUGCAAAUGGACUUCAGGAAUUGUCUCGUAAAUAAGGUAGGCUUCAAGGGCUACGGUUUAAGCGAAGCAAAAAUUAAUUCCGCAGGUGCGUUUGAGUAUGAGGGAAAGGAUUACAAACUGAGGCAUGGCUCGGUGGUCAUCGCGGCAAUCACCAGUUGCACGAACACCAGCAAUCCGAGCGUUAUGCUUGGAGCAGGUAUCCUCGCUAAAAAGGCAGUCGAAGCUGGCUUGACUGUCGCACCAUACAUAAAGACAUCAUUAUCGCCCGGCUCUGGAGUCGUAACUUAUUACCUUCAAGAAAGCGGAGUAGUCCCGUAUCUGACAAAGUUGGGAUUCGACGUAGUGGGUUACGGGUGUAUGACCUGUAUUGGAAAUAGCGGUCCUCUUCCUGACGUCAUAAUUCAAGCCAUUGAAAAGAAUGAGCUCGUCUGCUGCGGAGUUCUGUCAGGUAACAGGAACUUUGAAGGUAGAAUUCACCCGAAUACCAGGGCAAAUUACUUAGCGUCUCCGCUAUUGGUAAUAGCCUAUGCUAUUGCUGGCACUGUAGAUAUAGACUUCGAAAAGGAUUCCUUAGGUUGCAGAUCUGAUGGUACCCCAGUAUAUCUGCAAGAUAUAUGGCCAACCAGGGCGGAGAUUCAAACCGUGGAACAGAAGUACGUCAUUCCAGCUAUGUUCAAAGAAGUUUAUGACAAAAUCGAGAAAGGUAGCAACAGCUGGGCGAGUCUGGUAGCACCUGACGGCAAGCUAUAUCCGUGGGACACUAAUUCCACGUACAUAAAAAAUCCGCCUUAUUUCGAUGACUUGCAAAAGAAGCUACCACCGAUAAAAUCGAUCACGAAAGCGCGGGCGCUCGUGAAUCUCGGUGAUUCCGUUACGACCGAUCACAUUAGUCCAGCAGGUAGUAUCGCGCGUAAUUCGCCGGCGGCGAGAUACCUUACGAGUCGCGGCUUGACACCAAAGGAAUUUAAUUCGUAUGGCUCGCGCAGAGGAAACGACGCCGUGAUGAUGCGCGGCACCUUCGCGAAUAUUCGUCUGCUGAACAAAUUUCUCGGUAAACAGGGACCACGAACGAUCUACAUUCCAACCAAGGAGGAGAUGGACAUAUUUGACGCCGCUGAGAGAUACAGGAAAGAUGGAACAUCUUUAAUCGCACUAGUCGGCAAGGAAUACGGAUCGGGGUCGUCCAGAGACUGGGCCGCUAAGGGACCGUACCUGCUUGGCAUUCGUGCAGUUAUAGCUGAAUCGUACGAAAGAAUACAUAGGUCUAAUCUCGUUGGUAUGGGCAUUAUACCACUGGAAUACUUACCCGGAGAGAACGCCGAGUCCUUGGGACUGACAGGAUACGAGGAGUACAACAUCUGGGUUCCCGAGAAUUGUCAACCCGGAGAGAGAGCCACUGUGACUACCGACGACGGCAAGAAGUUUGAAGUGAACGUGCGAUUCGACACAGAAGUCGACUUGACCUAUUUCAAACACGGCGGCAUUCUAAAUUAUAUGAUUAGAACGAUGCUUUGAUGAGAUUCUUAUCUCAAGAGAAUAUAAACGAUUCUUUUUGAGAUUGUUACUUAACGAGAUACUUAUAUGUAAUAUCGGUUUUGGGAUAUAUACAUAAAACAUAAUGUCUCCUUUUAGACAAAAUUGAAAUUCAAGAAAUCUUAGCGUGGAAGGAAUAUGGUUGAGGGAUAUAUUUUACAAGCGCGCAUUAUAACGAAUAAUAUUUUUUAAUGCUUGGUUUUUCUGUUUCUUUCGUAUAAAGUCACCUACGUAGCGAUUGCAAUAUCUGUACAGCGCGUUGGUACAGUACUAUAUAGCAAAUACGUUUUUUGUGACGUCCUAAAUUUUUAUUAUAUUGUGAUUAUUUUAUAUAUAUAUAUAUACAUAAUAUAUAUAAGACGUUUAUUUUUGUUACGCAGUUGAAUGCUGACGCAGAGCCUAUUUUUUAUUCAAUACAGGCUCAUCUUUGCCGCGUCAAUUGUGAUCGAUUUUUUUUUUUAAUAUUUUGUAAUCGUUAUGCUUACUAUAUACAUAUAUGCAUGAGAAAUAUUAUCUUCGCUUUUAUGUAUUGCGUAUAAAUAAAUAUAAACUAUUGCAAAGUUGUACAGUA